GGAGAUCGUACGGCGGGAAUGGAUGUUCAAACUGGUGGGCAGUGAGGCGUUUGAGAUCAAGGGAGAAGAGGGACAGGUUUACGCCAAAUGCGAAAUUUUGAUUAACGCGAGCACUGGAUUCACGUAUGAAUACUCAAUGGUUGUGAACGGAAAGCAGUUGAAGAAAUUUAAGGAAAAGCAGUCAAAAGUAAUGAGCACUUGGAUUGUGGAAAUUGGCGAUCAAAUGUGGAGAAUAGCUUUGGAGAAGGAAACGCUUGAUAUUUGGGUGAAUGGAGUGAAGGCGGAGACCAAUCAUGAGUUCGCCGACGAGGGAACGGAAAUGCAUUUUCUCAUUGAGUCUCAACACAAGGCAUGCAUUAAAACAAUCAGUUCUGGCAAUAAAAAAGAGGGAAUCGUUUACUCGCUUAUUGUUAACGAUAAAGAAAUCACAAAUUGA